AUGGAGACCCUGCUUGGCGGGCUGCUGGCAUUUGGCAUGGCGUUUGCCGUAGUCGAUGCCUGCCCCAAGUACUGUGUCUGCCAGAACCUGUCUGAGUCACUGGGGACCCUGUGCCCCUCCAAGGGGCUGCUCUUCGUACCCCCCGACAUCGAUCGCCGGACCGUGGAGCUGCGCCUGGGUGGGAACUUCAUCAUCCACAUCGGCCGCCAGGACUUCGCCAACAUGACGGGCCUGGUGGAUCUGACGCUGUCCAGAAACACCAUCAGCCACAUCCAGCCCUUCUCCUUCCUGGACCUGGAGAGCCUCCGCUCCCUGCACCUCGACAGCAACCGGCUGCCUAGCCUGGGUGAGGACACGCUCCGCGGCCUGGUCAACCUGCAACACCUCAUUGUCAACAACAACCAGCUGGGGGGCAUCGCCGACGAUGCCUUUGAGGACUUCCUGCUGACGCUGGAGGACCUGGACCUCUCCUACAACAACCUCCACGGUCUGCCCUGGGACUCCGUGCGGCGCAUGAUCAACCUCCACCAGCUGAGCCUGGACCACAACCUGCUGGACCACAUCGCCGAGGGCACCUUUGCCGACCUGCAGAAAUUGGCCCGCCUGGAUCUCACCUCCAACCGGCUGCAGAAGCUGCCCCCGGACCCCAUCUUCGCCCGCUCCCAAGCUUUCGCUCUGACCGCCACCCCCUUCGCCCCGCCGCUGUCCUUCAGCUUUGGGGGGAACCCGCUGCACUGUAACUGUGAACUCCUCUGGCUGCGGAGGCUGGAGAGAGAUGACGACCUGGAGACGUGUGGGUCGCCGGGGGGUCUCAAGGGCCGCUACUUCUGGCACGUGCGCGAGGAGGAGUUUGUGUGCGAGCCCCCUCUCAUCACCCAGCACACGCACAAGCUGUUGGUCCUGGAGGGCCAGGCAGCCACACUCAAGUGCAAAGCCAUCGGGGACCCCGGUCCCCUCAUCCACUGGGUGGCCCCCGACGACCGCCUGGUGGGGAACUCCUCCAGGACUGCGGUGUACGAGAACGGCACCCUGGACAUCCUCAUCACCACCUCUCAGGACAGCGGCGCCUUCACCUGCAUCGCGGCCAACGCCGCGGGCGAGGCCACCGCCACAGUGGAGGUGUCCAUCGUCCAGCUGCCACACCUGAGCAACAGCACCAGCCGCACCGCUCCCCCCAAGUCCCGCCUCUCCGACAUCACCGGCUCCAGCAAGACCAGCCGGGGAGGAGGGGCGGCAGGAGCGGCGGGGGGAGGAGGCAGUGGCGCUGGAGAACCUCCCAAAAGUGCCCCCGACCGGGCUGUGCUGGUGUCAGAUGUGACCACCACCUCAGCCUUGGUCAAGUGGACCGUCAGCAAAUCCGCGCCCCGCGUGAAGAUGUACCAGCUGCAGUACAACUGCUCCGACGACGAGGUACUGAUCUACAGGAUGAUCCCAGCCUCCAACAAGGCGUUCGUGGUCAACAACCUGGUGUCGGGGACGGGCUACGACCUGUGCGUGCUGGCCGUGUGGGACGACGCGGCCACGACGCUCACGGCCACCAACAUCGUGGGCUGCGCGCAGUUCUUCACCAAGGCCGACUACCCCCAGUGCCAGUCCAUGCACAGCCAGCUGGUGGGCGGCACCAUGAUCCUGGCCAUCGGGGGCGUCAUCGUGGCCACGCUGCUGGUCUUCAUCGUCAUCCUCAUGGUGCGCUACAAGGUCUGCAACCACGAGGCCCCCGGCAAGAUGGCGGCGGCCACCGUCAGCAACGUGUACUCGCAGACCAACGGGGCCCAGCCCCCGCCUCUGGGCGGCCCGGGGGGCGGCCUGGGCGGCGGCGGCGUGCCCGCCGGGCCGCCCCUGCAGGCCGCGCCCAAGGUGGUGGUGAGGAACGAGCUGCUGGACUUCAGCGCCGGCCUGGCCCGGGGCGGCGACUCCUCCUCCUCCUCCAGCUCCCUGGGCAGCGGGGAGGCCGCGGGGCUGGGCCGGGGCCCCUGGAGGCUGCCGCCCCCCGCCCCCCGCUCCAAGCCCAACCUGGACCGCUUGAUGGGAGCCUUCGCCUCCCUGGACCUCAAGAGUCAGAGGAAGGAGGAGCUGCUGGGCUCCAGGACUCCAGCGGGCAGAGGGUCGGGGACGUCGGCCAGGGGCCGCCACUCAGACCGCGAGCCGCUGCUGGGGCCCCCGGCCGUGCGCGCCCGGAGCCUGCUCCCCCUGCCCCUGGAGGGCAAGGCCAAGCGCAGCCACUCCUUCGACAUGGGGGAUUUUGCCGCGGCCGCGGGCGGGGUUGGGGUUGCCCCCGGCGGCUACAGCCCCCCUCGGAGGGUCUCGAACAUCUGGACGAAGCGCAGCCUCUCUGUCAACGGCAUGCUCUUGCCCUUUGAGGAGAGUGACCUGGUGGGGGCCCGGGGGACCUUCGGAAGCUCGGAGUGGGUGAUGGAGAGUACUGUGUAGCCGGCUGCCGAGCACCCUCCCUCCUUCCCUCCGAGGGGAGGAGGUGGGGGGGGGGGGGGAAGGAGGAUCUUCACAGCAAGUUUUUUGUGGCGUUUCCAUGGUGAUGUU